AGAGCGACGAACAAAAAGAUCGAGGGGAAGCUAAACCGUCAAAUGCAUCGAAUAAAUACUACGUCUUUGUCUAAGUGCCCUAUCUAGUCCGAACUAUUGUAGAUAAAACGCUAAUAAAUCGUCCUUGUCGCAAGUCCUUAAGAAGCUAGCGAAAAAGUACCACCUCUCGACGAAAAAGCGCGAAAAGACGGCAAUGUACGUCGAGGAUCUCGCAGAAUACCUCCAGGCCAACUUAACGACGACGAAGAAACAAUUUACACACGGUCGGCAACGCAUCCAACUUACUUUGUUCUGUCAACUUACUAUAUUCUCCGAAAACCGCCCUUUAACGCUCUUUAAACUCCGCUACCGUGAUAUUAUCGUGAUUCUACUUCGGGAUCCUAAUAGUGGCCCUCGUCGGAUCUUGAUAGAAUUCACAUGCGAGUUUACGAAGCAAUUCCUCGGUGUAAAAGAUGCGAUUAAGUUCGUCCUUCCUGAAAUCAUCUUCGAUCCCUCCCUUGUCUUUAGCCCUCAUGUCUUCCUCUUGGGCCUUGUUUUUGCGGACAAAGCAUUUGCGGCUCCGAAUCUCAGGUCUGCCACGCAAUUGAGCGGACUAGAUAUCCGACCUGGCUAUCAACAACUGGAAUUGCUCUUCAAGCCGAGUAUGCUCGAUGUCCCCAUCUUCAGGAAGUCGGUCAAGACAAGGUACGGCUACGAGAUCUCACCAUACGAGCCUCUCACAUACCCUACCCUCUUGUCGCUAAUGAAGGUAAUCGGCCUCAUCCUAGGGCUCCUAGAGCCUACACGCCCGUACUGUCUCCGUUACAACGCCGCUAAUGAAUUUAACAAGAGUGGCGACGUGACCGACGCCCUCCAGAAUAUAAUGCUGCAGCAUGCGAGUGUUGAUACUUUUGUCAAGCACUACCUCCCGCGGCGGUCGGGUGACAUCCGGGCUAUCGUGUCUGGCUACGAGAGCCAGAAGGACCUUAUGCGGGCCGCCUCUCGGAUGACGCGAUGGAUCGAUCCUAGCCGCCCGCACACCCUUACGGUUGAGCAGUCCCAGUCCGUGGAUAACGACCGCCGACUCCGCCGGCUUCUCGCGCUACGCGCGAAGUGGAACCGCCGCUACAAAGGUGCCGCAACGAAACAGCCCGAGUACCAAAGGCUAGGUAGCGCAAUUGUUAAUUUGAGGCAGCGAUUAAGGGCUGCGCUAUUUCGGCAGCUCCGAGACAAGUGGGACACCGAGCACCCUGUGAACGAGUUCGAGCUCCAGCUCGCUGGGCUUAAGUUUUGCGAUGAUUCCGGCACUGGUGUGCCUAUUAUCGAUGAGAUGGCCCCUAAUGCAGAAGCGCUUGGCGGCGACGGUUAUGACCUUGCCGGGUACGACCGUGGUAGAGGAGUUCUGCCGGCGCAAUGCCGCAAUCGACGCCGUCGUUGCUUACUGCCACUUCCAAGAAGGCGGAGUUGUUGCCAUGCCACGUGGGAGGCCGUCUACGCGGAAAGCGAGUUCGAUGACGUUGAAGGAGACUAACCCGGAGCUGGCAGCCGCCGAGGCUAAGAAGCAAGUAUUAAGUGACGCUAUAUUGUUGGUGUUCACAGAGAAGAAAACCACUACUUGCUUCCUUUGCUUCGGGGAGCAAAGCUUACUGUUCGAGAAGCGCACCUACAAGUUUGCCACUCUAGGAGACUUGACGAAACACUUUAAGCGGAAGCAUUUGGCCAACAUUAAAGA